ACUAACAUACCCAGUUACUUUUAUUAAGUCGUGAAAUUCUGCUUGAAAAGCAUAAAUAAGCCAUGGGUCAGCGAAUUGUUCUCAUUAUAAUGGUUUUUGCCGCUUGCUGUUAUACGAUUUGUAGCGCCAAGUUGCUUGAGCCGGUCGAUUACCAGGGUGACCUGUUUAUUGGUUUGAAGAGUCAGCAGCCACAUAAACGCUACCAAAGCAGUGAGCCGAGUGAGCUGAACGCCGUCCAAGGAAAGAACGAAAAUGCGGACAUAUUUGACGAGCUGCAAGCCGAUGUUUACGAAAACCUGGUGCGCUUAAUGAAAGAAAUGCAAAAGGAGCGUGAACGCGUGUCAAUCCGUUAUAAACCGAAUUUAGGCAAACGCUCGCAGUUAUACAAGUAGAAGACGCUAUCCGUCGAGAUAGAGGAUUCGCUUACAUAAACACCCGGAAAACCAUAAGAUGGAAAAUGCAAAAUGUGUAUAUUCGAAGCCCAAUAUUAUCCUAGAUAUGUAUGAAAUGUUCAGGCUUUCUAAAAACAAAAUGUAAAAAAGUGGUUAAGUAUUUAGUUCUAUUAAGUGGGUUCAUGUUCUUAGUUUUAGUGUU